GCGGUGCCCGGACGUUUGUGCCGAGACUGGGGCAGCCGACGCUGCUCUGGGUGAGCCGGGCCGUGUGGCGAGACCAAGAGGUACCCGAAGAGACCGGGCGAGGUCCAGAGAAGAAUCCCAAAGAGCCAUGGGAGCUUCCAACAUCUAUACCUUGGUGCUAGUAGUGCAGCCUCAGCGCGUGCUGCUGGGGAUGAAGAAGCGGGGUUUCGGGGCUGGCCGCUGGAACGGCUUCGGGGGCAAGGUGCAAGAAGGAGAGACCAUUGAGGAUGGGGCCAAGAGGGAGCUGCAGGAGGAGAGUGACCUAACUGUGGACACACUGCAGAAGGUGGGCCACAUCACAUUUGAGUUUGUGGGUGUCCCUGAGCCAAUGCAGGUGCACAUCUUCCAUACUGACAGCGUGCAAGGGACGCCCAGGGAGAGUGAUGAAAUGCGCCCUCAGUGGUUCCUGCUGGACCAGAUCCCCUUUAGUGACAUGUGGCCUGAUGACAGCUACUGGUUUCCACUCCUGCUUCAGAAGAAGAAGUUCCGAGGACACUUUAAAUUCCAAGACCAGGACACCAUCUUGGACUACUCGUUGCAUGAAGUGGAUGACAUCUAGCAUGAGCCACUGUCCCUUCUGGGUCUGGCUGCUGAGCAGCCACAGGCUGUUCCAGCUGAGCUCAGGAUGCCACAGUCAGGGCUAUGUCUGCUCUUUCCGAAGGUGAUUGGGCAGAAAAAGAAAUAAAGGUCUUUGCUUUAUUUUAAUGGUC